AUGAAGCAGCCGUUGUCCCUCUUGCUGUCCUCGAAGGUCCUCUCGAAGCCCGACUCCAUGGGGUUUGGGCCCAGUGAACUCCAGAAGUGCUUGAAGCCUGGCUGCCACGAGAUCAUGCUGUGGCCUCCGGUGGCCAAACUCGGGGCUGCUCGCAGGCGGCUCCUGGAGGUAGCUCCAGCUUUGGCCUUCGCGGUCACAGAUCUGGAAGGCCUCAUCCAGCCUCGCCACCUCGUUCGGCGUCAGGCCCCAGGGCGCGUCCUCCGCGUCCGCCAUCGCUUGGUGCCCCUGUCCGAGGCUGCCAAGGCGAGUAGCCCGGCCGAAAAAGCCAGGCCAGGAAGCCUUGAGCCAACAUGGUUUGAGCAA